AUGAACGGCAUGAUCGGUGUGACCGCAAGCUGUUUAGGUUGUGGUCUGGCUGCUAAUGUGAGUGGCGUGGCUCCCAGCAACUACUUCAAGAAGAGACUCCCAGUAGCAUACGGUAUCUGCAUGUCUGGAGGUGCAGUAGGACUGCUGGCAAUCGGACCAUUAACAGUUCAGCUGUUGGAGAUGUACAAUUUAUCGGGCGCGUUGCUUAUUUUGGGUGCCAUUGCAUUCAAUGUGUGCUUAGCUGGAGCUCUAAUUCGACCACCGUCUACACUGAUGCAAGAGGAGUCAAUGUCAAUAGAUCUUGCCCGCCAAGACGACACAGAGGAGAUUUGUGAUGCACAAGGAGAUCCUACAAUGACGAUGCACUCGCAACAUAAUGUUCUAACUGUAGAAAGUACGACCGUCAAGUUUGAACAGCGUGGCGGGAAUCAUUGUUCUCCAGCUAAUUUGCCUCAGAUUGUUAAAGAAAACAGUCCUGGGAAACGUAAUGAAACGGCAGAGUCUCUGCUUGAACACAGCUCGCAUUUAACAACUGAAAACUCACGGAGUCUUAUCUAUGAAAGUACUGGAGUGUAUGACUUUACGUUUCUUUUCUCAGGUGCCUGCUUCAUCAUUAGUGCCUUCCUCGCCUUGUGUAUUCCAUUGGCCAAGAAGCCAACAUAA